CUUUCCUUCGUGCGUGUUAUCUCUCUGAGCCACAUGCCGACACUUACAUAACUGUUGACCAAGUCUCUCUUCCUUCUUUAUCAAAUCAUGCAACCUUCAAGAACAAGAGUUUCAUUUUUUGAAACAGGAGAGACCAUGAAGCAAAGAAAGAAGAGUUAUCUCUCAAUCUUCGUGAUCUUCUUCUCUCUUUUCUUCUUCGGGAUCUUCAUGUACAAUGACAACCUCAAAUCCUCCAUUGCUGACUUCACAUCUUCGAACCCAUUCUCUAGUUCAUUUGUGGAGUUGCCGCCGGAUGAGUGUGAUCUGUUCACCGGUCAAUGGGUUUUCGACAACAAGACAUAUCCAUUGUAUAAAGAAGAAGAGUGUGAGUUCUUGACGGAGCAAGUGACUUGUUUAAGAAACGGAAGGAAAGAUUCUUUGUUUCAGAAUUGGAGAUGGCAACCUAGAGACUGUUCUUUACCAAAAUUCAAUGCAAGAGUGUUGUUAGAGAAGCUGAGGAACAAGAGAUUGAUGUUUGUCGGUGACUCGUUAAACCGGAACCAAUGGGAAUCAAUGGUUUGUUUGGUUCAAUCAGUGAUUCCUCCCGGUAGAAAAAGCUUAAACCAGACCGGUUCACUCACUGUUUUCAAAAUCCAGGACUAUAACGCGACGGUGGAGUUUUAUUGGGCGCCAUUUUUGGUGGAAUCAAAUUCAGACGAUCCGGAAAAGCACAGUAUAAUCGACCGUAUAAUAAUGCCAGAGUCCAUCGAGAAGCAUGGAGUCAACUGGAUAGGCGUUGACUUUCUUGUCUUCAAUAGUUACAUCUGGUGGAUGAAUACUGUCUCCAUCAAAGUCCUACGUGGAUCGUUCGAUGAUGGGGACACAGAGUAUGAUGAGAUCAAACGGCCAAUAGCGUACGAGAGGGUGUUGAGGACAUUGGGAGAUUGGGUGGACCAUAACAUUGAUCCUCUAAGUACAACUGUUUUCUUCAUGAGCAUGUCUCCUCUUCACAUCAAGAGCUCAGAUUGGGCUAAUCCUGAGGGUAUAAGGUGUGCUUUAGAGACAACACCGAUCUUGAACAUGUCUUUCAACGUGGCUUACGGGCAGUUUUCCGCGGUGGGGACGGAUUACAGGCUGUUUCCGGUGGCGGAAAACGUUACACAGUCUCUAAAAGUUCCUAUUCAUUUCCUCAACAUUACUGCAUUGUCUGAGUAUCGUAAAGAUGCACAUACUUCGGUUUACACGAUCAAGCAAGGCAAGUUGCUGACGCGGGAGCAGCAAAACGAUCCAGCCAAUUUUGCUGAUUGCAUACACUGGUGCUUACCAGGCCUUCCUGAUACAUGGAAUGAGUUUCUCUAUACACAUAUUAUUUCUCGAAGAUGAGAUUCUUUCAUCCUCUUUUUUGGUUUAAAAAAAUUCUUGUGAUGUAUAUAGGACAGAGAUUCAAGGGAUUUGAAGUUAGCCAAGUAAGGCUAAAAAUUUGUU